AUUUCAAGUAAACUCACCCCGCAAAAUUCCGGCUCAAAAAUGAAAUAAAAACAGAUCCUCAACAUGAAGCUAACAUCCCAAAAUGGCGAAAGACAUAUUCAACACUCCGUCUGAAGAGCUGACGUUGGCCCAAAAGGGCUACAAGAUACUGAAAGCGUUCGGGGAAGGUUCUUACGCGAAAGUGUACCUCUCCGAGUUCCAAGACAAAGGCGAGAAAACCCGGGUACUGGCCUGCAAAAUAAUCGACACCUCUAAAGCGCCGAAAGAUUUCGUUAAAAAGUUUCUGCCCAGAGAGUUGGACAUCCUGAUUCGCGUGAACCACCCGCACAUCAUACACGUGCACAGCGUGUUCCAACGGAAGAGUAAGUACUUUAUUUUCAUGCGCUUCGCGGAAAACGGCGACGUGUUGGAGUUCAUUCUGAAAAAAGGCAGCGUCAGCGAGGCGCAGGCGAGGGUCUGGUUUCGGCAGCUUUCCCUGGCUUUGCAGUACUUGCACAACAUGGAUAUAGCCCACAGGGAUUUGAAAUGCGAAAAUUGCCUUAUAACCAACAAUUUUAAUCUGAAACUGGCCGAUUUUGGGUUCGCCAGAUUUGUGUCCGACAACAAUGGUAAAUUAUUGUUGAGUUCAACCUACUGUGGGUCUUUGUCUUAUGCUCCUCCAGAAAUUUUAAAAGGAGCCCCAUACUUGCCUAAAAACGGCGACAUAUGGUCCUUGGGCAUAAUCCUCUACGUGAUGUUGAACAAAGCGAUGCCGUUCGACGACAACCACAUAAAAAAACUGUACGAGCAGCAGGUAUCGAAAAGGUGGAACUUCCGCUCGAAAGUGGUCGACUCGCUGACGCCGCAAGUGAAGGAAUUUUUACCGCACCUCUUGGAGCCCAAAAUCUCCAAUCGCUACUCGAUAGACGACUGCCUGAGUUCGCUCUGGCUGUCCAUGGAUCCCAGGUUUGCCACCCUGACGGCCGCCGAAGAGCAGGCCCUGCAGGCGUCUAAAGAGGGCAGGAAGGCCAUCGACGCGGCCAGGCCCACCGAAAGUAAAGGUGACAACGUACUUAUUCUUAAGCCAACCGACCACCACCAUAGAGAAUCUCUUCCUUAACAAUAAAC